GCUGGUUCCACACUUCAUAGCUUGAAGGUAUCUCCUCCAAAGGAUUGUUUAGAGCAGGAAAAGGAAUCAAAACGUAGUAGUAGGCCAAGAAGAGGAAGCGAUCUUCCCUCUUCCAUCGGGAAAUCGCCAAUUUGCUAUCCACACUUACCAUGGACUCUGUGGAAGCAAAAAGGCCAGGUAUUAAUCCUGCCCCUGCUACCAGUCAUCCAGACCCAUUUAAUCGAAAGUCUGUGAGGAAACCGCAGAAAGCUCAACAGAAAAAGCAGCAAGGAUCGUCAAGGUUUCGGUCUAAACCAAGCUUUGAAAUUCAACCUCUUGGUGCUUUGAAAGACGCAUCGCCAGCCGAGCAGCAGGAAUUGUUCAUCAAGAAACUACAGCAGUGCUGUGUAGUCUUCGAUUUCAUGGAUCCAGUUAGUGAUCUAAAGGGGAAAGAGAUUAAGCGAGCAUGUUUAAACGAACUUGUGGACUAUAUUGCAUCGGGUCGUGGAGUCCUCACUGAGCCGGUGUAUCCAAAAAUAAUCGAAAUGGUUGAUGCAAACAUUUUUCGUACUCUACCACCGUCUGACAAUCCAGACUUUGAUCCUGAGGAAGAUGAUCCAACUCUAGAAGCCUCUUGGCCUCAUUUGCAGAUAGUCUAUGAAUUCUUUCUUCGCUUUCUGGAAUCUGCUGAGUUUCAACCCACCAUUGCCAAAAAACACAUUGAUCAGAAGUUUGUCCUACAGCUUUUAGAACUCUUUGAUAGUGAAGAUCCUCGCGAAAGGGAUUUCCUCAAGACUGUGCUUCACAGGAUAUAUGGGAAGUUCCUUGGACUUAGAGCAUACAUCCGAAAACACAUCAAUCACAUAUUUUUAAAAUUUGUUUAUGAGACAGAACACUUCAAUGGGGUGGGAGAACUGCUUGAAAUCUUAGGAAGCAUCAUUAAUGGAUUUGCACUCCCUCUUAAGUCGGAACACAAGAUGUUUUUAAACCGUGUGUUGAUUCCUCUUCACAAAGUCAAGUGCUUAGGCCUCUACCAUGCACAGUUAGCGUACUGUGUUGUUCAGUUCUUGGAAAAGGAUGCCACACUUACAGAAAAUGUUGUUUUAGGCUUAUUGAAAUACUGGCCAAAAACAAGCAGUCAAAAAGAGGUGAUGUUCUUAGGCGAGAUUGAAGAAAUUCUAGACGUAAUAGAUCCAACCCAGUUUCAAAAAGUAAUGGAACCGCUGUUUAAAACUAUCGCAAGAUGUGUGUCAAGUCCUCAUUUCCAGGUCGCCGAGCGAGCGCUUUACUUCUGGAAUAACGAAUAUAUUAUGAGCCUUAUUGAAGAAAAUUCGAAUGUCAUCUUGCCGAUCAUGUUUUCAUCCCUCUAUAGGAUAUCCAAAGACCACUGGAAUCAAACCAUCGUGGCCCUCGUUUAUAACGUUUUGAAGACCUUCAUGGAAAUGAAUUCAAAACUGUUUGACGAGCUAACAUCUUCCUAUAAAAGCGAUAGACAAAAGGAAAAGAAAAAAGAGAAAGAAAGAGAUGAGCUAUGGAAGAGACUCAGUAAGUUGGAAUUAGAUUCCAAAAACAAGUCAACUUCCUCGGUGUCCAGUCCCGCGGGUUCCAGCCUUAGUAUCUCGACCAGUUCGGGAUCCGGGUCAGCGACGAAGAGCUGAGCUAGCGGUCAGACCUUCUCCGACAUUUUGAUUUGUGUGACAGUGUUUUUGCAACACUCCGUUCACCAGUGUCUGAAAGAAAUUAUUAAUUUCCAAUUUGAGGAAGUUGAACUUCGACUUGCCACACGUUCUUCGAGAAAGCACGAAAGAAUUUAUUAAUUUAAGAUGUCGUAUAUUGUUCAGACUACUUGAGAGUUGUUGCGUACCCGUCUGUUAAAAAUAGUAGUUACCUCGGCGGAGGUUGGUCGGUGAAAUGAGCUUCGACAAGCGCCAUUUUAUCGUGUAGGUUGUUUAAUGCGCUUUGUCGGCCCACCUACCCGUCGUUGCUGGGCAUGCGCAGUCGAUCCAUGUUCAUAUGGUGGGUGGUCUGGUCUUGUCAUACUUGGUAGCACAGUAACCAUGGUAACGUUUUCUUGUAUAUGACCGGCGUAGAGUGGUGAUUCUCCAUAGCUGGUUACCCCUGUAAGCCUGUAUGAAAUCAAAGCUUAGGAAGAAAUAACGUGUAAUCAAUUUCUGUAGAUAGCCCCUUUCUUGACGGGAAACCUCGGCUGUGAAACAGUUUUAAUUAAGUGGUGGCCUCUUUAAGACAAAUUGUUGCGGCUUGCUAGAGAAAAAUUGUAAAGGGAAAGUCAUUUUUGUUUUUAUCCUGGAGUAAUAUUACGGCAAAAAAGUUGUACCCCCUGUUCACUAUGCACCUCUUUAAAAGCAUUGGAGUUCUUUCUUAAUUUACUGCAAAAUCAUCAAAUCAACUAAUGAAACUUUAAAUCAAGAAACACAACGCAGCUUUCCAGCCGAGGUUUCCUUUUACAUUUUGCAAUCCUGUUUCUCCAGCAGUAUUUUCCAUGUAUGUAAGUUUUUACUCUGAGAUGGCUUUUCUUUACUGCUUUCAAACAGUUCCUUUAAGGGACACGGAUUAACUGAGUUGAAGGUAUUUUUCACGUGACGAGGGAACGAACAAUAAACAGUAUAGAUCUUCAUGA